AUGCCAUUUCUCGCCCGCUCCAUUUGUGCAAUAAUGCUCGCCAAUGCUGUUCUUCUCGACCUGGCUGGCUUCGGUCGAGCAGGCGACCGAGCACAGCGACUACGGAGUAAGUACCUACCUAGACAGACAUCUGCCUAUCUUGGCUCCGGUACUCCUGCGCAGCGCAAGAGUCUGAUGGGUCCUCUUGCGUCAUCGCCUCAGAACCAGCUGCGCACUCGAUACACUGGCUGCUGA